AUGGGUUCCCUUGUAGAUAAUCAUCACUUUAAGGCGAAAGUCGGCAUCAAUGGAUUUGGUCGUCGCAUCGCACUUCGCCAAUCUCUCACGAGGGACGAUCUCCAGGUCGUGGCCAUCAACCAUACGUGUGCAACGACAGACGACCUCAUAUAUCUCAUCAGGCACGAUACGACACAUGGCCUUCUGAAAGACGGAAUCGACAUCAAACAACUCUCUGAAGACGCUAUAUCACUAAACGGAAGGGUGAUUGCACUCUUGUCAACGCGAGACAUUGCGCAGUUGAACUGGCACAAGUUUGGAGUGGACUACGUGCUGGAAUGUACGGGCAAGUUUACCAAAGUUGACCAAGCUGUUCGACACAUCACCGAAGCGCAGUGCAAUAGAGUUGUGAUAUCGGCCCCUAGCGCGGAUGCUCCCACAUUCGUCUACGGGGUGAAUUCAGAAGGCUACCAUAAUUCUGCAGUAAACCACGUCAUAUCGGCUGCGAGCUGCACCACCAAUUGCGUCACGCCCAUACUCAAAGCUUUGAACGAUAGCUUGGGAGUCUCCCAAGCUUUCCUCACAACAGUACAUGCCGCAACCCAGUCCCAGCAAAUUCUCGAUGGCUACAGCAAAAAGAACAGGAGGCUGGGGCGGAGCGUUUUCAACAAUAUCAUACCUACAACCACAGGAGCAUCCAAGGCUAUAGCUGCCGUGAUCCCUGAGCUUCACGGAAAAGUCAAGGGUAUAUCCAUUAGGGUUCCCACAUCGGAUGUUUCGAUGGUAGAUCUUACCGUGGCCACCAGCAGACCGUCUUCGCUAUCAGAAGUUCUGGACAUUUUUGUCCGGGCAUCAAACGGAACGAUGGCGGGAGUGCUGAGUGUGAGUGACCAGGAAUUAGUCAGCAGCGACCUCCUCGGUAGUUCCUUUAGUACCAUUGUCGAUAGCAACGCCUGCUUGGAACUGAACCCACAGUUCUACAAGAUCAUCGCGUGGUAUGACAAUGAGUGGGGUUAUUCCAGCCGUCUUUUAGAUCUGGUCUCGAUGAUACACUGCAAAGGACAACAGGAUUGA